GAAGCGGUUCGUGGAGGACUUCCGUGCGGAGAUGGUUCAUGAGGGCCUCAUGACGUUUCGGCUGUCAGAUUGCAAUGUUUCGAGCACGCAGGUGCCUCCGGUGUUCAGUGGGGCGGCCUUCCUAAUGAAUGAUAGCGCUGUAGCACAACGUGUGUUUGUCGACUUGGGCGCCGGCUUUGAUGUGGGGUGUGCUCUUGAGAGUAACUGGUGGGAGCGAGGUGGGCUCAGUGUGUUUCCUCUUUUCUCGACUCUCGGCAGUGCCCGUGCUGCCCUGCAGUCGGAGCUGCAGUCACGGCACGUUCAUGGGGUUGCGGGUGUUGUGACGGAGGCGAUGCUGGGCGUGGAGGGUGUGGCCUUCCUCGACCCGCUGCAGCUCGAGCCGCGGCUGAACAGGUUCCGCCGGCACGUGAUCCACCCGUCGCCGACGCUGGAGCAGCAGUUCUUCGUGCUUGCGGAGUACCUCCGGGACACGGGUGUCCACGCGGUGGUCCGCGGCGAGGAGGCGGCGGCGGUGGCGGAGGUGCUGCGGCGGUCGCUGGUGACGUUUGGGGGGUCGCUGCGGUCCGCGACGCUGCUGGCCGGCGGCGACGCGCUGGCGGAGCACCUGCCGGAGGCGGGCGACGUGUUUGUGGCGGGCCUUGCGGCCGGCGACGUCGCUGCGGCGGCGCGGCACGUGGCGUCGCACGACGGCGUGCACGUGUUCGUCGCGUUCUCCGAGUUUGCGCUGCUGCACGCCGACUUCGUCGCCGCGUUUGGUGGCGGUGCAGGCGGCGCCGACCGCGUUGUGUUUGCGACGAGCCUGCCGCACUGGGGCGACGCGAACCCGACGUCGGAGACCGCCCGGGAGUUCCUCGCCGCUGUGCCCAACGCCACGCAACGGACGCCGCUGGCGCUGAUGGGCUUCGCCGCCGCGCAGCUGCUGCGAACUAUUCUCCCCCGCAUGGACAAGGUGGGCGCUGAGCGGUUGGCUGACUUCUUCUACAAGAACGUUGCCGUCACCGUGAAGGACGUGCUGUACGGCUCCUUCGUUAACGGCACGGCGUGCGCUGCGGCUGCGGCCGGCGGUGCUGGGUGCGGCAAGAACCACGGGGCAACGCGCAUUUCUGUGUGGUCGCUUGCCCGUGCGCUGAACCCCGCCGUGCCCGUGCUGCACCCCGCCGUGACCCCGACGAUGGAGUACGCGAAGCCCGUUGCGCGCGGACUGACGCGACCGCAGCUGAUCGGCGUCGUCGUCGGCGGCGUCGUUGGCGGUCUGCUGCUUGUGGGCGUGGCGGCUCUGCUGCUGCGCUUCUGCCGCGACUCGCGCGACAACGCGAAUGCGCCGAAGGAGCCGACGGACCCCGUGACGCUCGUGUUCACCGACAUCGAGAGCAGCACGGCGCUGUGGGCUGCGUGUUCGGAGUUGAUGUCCGACGCCGUGGCGACGCACCACCGGCUGAUCCGCGCGCUGAUUGCGAAGUACCGCUGCUACGAGGUGAAGACGGUCGGCGACUCGUUCAUGAUUGCGUGCAAGAGCGUGUUCGCGUCGGCGCAGCUGGUGCGGGAGCUGCAGCAGGUGUUCGUGCGGCACGACUGGGGGACGGGCGCGCUCGACGAGGCGUACCGCAAGUUUGAGGAGGGCCGGGCGGAGGAGGACGCGAAGGAGGAGUACGUGCCGCCGACGGCGCGCCUGGACGCCGCGGUGUACCGGCAGCACUGGAACGGCCUGCGGGUGCGUGUCGGGGUGCACACCGGGGUGUGCGACAUCCGGCGCGACGAGGUGACGAAGGGGUACGACUACUACGGCGACACGGCGAACAUGGCGGCGCGCACGGAGGUCGUGGGGAACGGCGGGCAGGUGCUGCUGACGCGUGCGGCGUACAUGUCGCUGAGCACGGCUGAGCGGGAGCAGGUGGAGGUGACGUCGCUGGGCGCGGUGGCGCUGCGCGUGGUGCCGAGGCCGGUGGGGAUGUGCCGGCUGGACGCCGUGCUCGGGCGCACCUUCGCCGCGCUGCGCCUUGACCGUUUGAUGCCGGAGCUUGACGCCAGUGACUGUGACGGAAAUUCCUCCGAUUUUUUCUUUGCAGCACGUUUUAUGACGCCUCCGUCCUUUUCGUUUCGUGUUUGUCGGGCCCGUGCGUUCCCCGCCCUGCGUGCCGGUGUUCUUGCGUCGCUCUGCGCGAGGUGGCGCGUGCGUGGGGAUGAGCGGGGGGUAAUGUCCUGCGAUGAGCACUGCGGUGCGCUGGUGGAGGUGCUUGCGCGUCGUGUCAGCCGCGUUUAUGGCCGCAGCUUGGAGCCGAGAGCGCCGGUUGCUUUUCUGGGGUCUGCUGCUUCUUAG